AUGGAGGAACUCGUCGCAAUGCAGCAGAUUGCGUUGCCGACAGUGGCGAAAGCCCUGUCUAAUUUCAAGAAGAUCGGGAAGCCGAAUUACACGCCGGCGAAAAUACGAUCUCGCAUCACCGCCUUGAAGGAAGCCUGGACGCAGUGCACGAAUAGACAUGCCGCUCUACUGCAAGCAGUUCCUGCCGACGAACGAUCGAAGUCCACGUAUUUCACGCAGGACGAUUACGGGAAGCACGAAGAGCUCUACCUCAUGGGGCUGGACUACAUGACGACAUCCAGCUUGUCAGGUCGUGCUCUCGAUACUAUCAAAACUAUCCCAGUCACUGCAGAUAAUUUCGAUAUUGCGUGGAAAACUUUAACUUCGCGUUACGAUAAUAAGCGCCGUCUAAUCGAAAUUCACGCGUCCGCUUUAUGUAAUUUGCCGAGCGUCAAUUGCGAAUCGGCAUGCGAGUUAUCCGAGUUGCGGGAUAAAGCUAAUCGUGCCAUAGCAUCGCUAAAGAGAUUAAAUCGCUCCUCGGAUGAAAUUUUAAGUGACAUUCUAAGUCACCACGUCACGCAGAAGCUCGAUCCAGCAACCCGGAAGGCGUGGAGAUUGAAAGGUGAUGAUGCGAUAAUUCCUACGUACGAGGAUCUCGAUCGUUUUCUCGCGCAUCGCGUUCGCGCCUUGGAGGAGCUCACUCCUCUCGGCUCAGCCAAGUCCUCGCGAUCGGUAAAAUCGUCGAGCGGCAUGGUAGCGACGGCUUCGAUCUCGCCGUGUCCGCUCUGCAAAUCGGCCCACUUCUUGAAUAAGUGCCCUCAAUUCGUGCAGAAGAGUCCGAGCCAGAGAUUGGAGAUCGCGAAACAGCAUCAACGAUGCGUUAAUUGCUUCAGUGCUAAGCACGCCGUCUCAGCGUGUCCAAGCCGUUUUUCAUGUCGUCACUGUCAAAAACGACAUCAUUCCAUGCUCCAUCUUGACUCGGCCUCUUCCGUUACUGCGACAGUUAGUGCAUCCGAUUCCAAGACCCCGGCGUCGAACAAUUCCGAUAAGUCUCCGAAAACAGUGGCAUUAUGCGCGAUGUCGGCAAAUCUCGCCCGACCGCCGGUAGUCCUCGCCACUGCACGCGUGUUCGUCGGACCUCUCGCCGGUCGUCAAGUUGCUGCACGAGCAUUGAUUGACACCGGAGCGGAACUCACACUCGUUGCGGCUCAUUUAGCAAAAAAAUUAAAACUGCGUCGGUUCAUACUGCCUACCGCCUUGUCCGCCGUCGGCGGCCUUGACGCGGGCAUUCAUCGUUACGCCGCGCAGAUUCAAAUCUCACCGAUCGACAGGAUCGAGCCGCCGGUCGUUACAACAGCGACGAUUUUAAGUUCGCUUGCUAGUUACUCGUCAGCGUCUAUUCAAUCUCCUCUUCAAUGGGAUCAUCUCGCGGAUCUCACUCUCGCAGAUCCAAAUUCUUCAAGUACAGAUCCCAUUGAUCUCAUAAUCGGCGCUGACAUCUACGCAGACAUAAUGCGAGAUGGCGUUCGCAGAGGAUCUCGCGGUCAGCCUAUUGCUCAAGAAACGAUCUUCGGCUGGAUUGUUCAAGGCCGCACGCCUCUGUCGAAUUCGUCUCGUCGGACCAUUACAGUGCAACAUUGUACGAUCGCGGAAUCCGUUUCACUCGAUAGCGAAUUGAGAAGAUUUUGGGAAAUCGAGGAAAUUCCGAGGCACACGAUACUCAGCCCGGAAGAGCAGAGAUGCGAGAAUCAUUUUUUAACUUCUCAUUCGCGCACUCCCGCCGGUCAGUACAUCGUUCGUCUGCCGUUCAAGAGUGGUCCUCCCAUCGAUAUUGGUACCUCGCGCGAAGUAGCGGAGCGAUGCCUCAAGACUUUGCUACGCCGUCUUCAAGCCAAUUUCGAUUUAAAAAGGGAGUACUCAGACUUCCUACAAGAGUAUGAAAAUCUCGGGCACAUGCGCAAGGCUCCAGAAUCUUCAGAAUCUUCUCAAUUCGUCUAUAUUCCGCACCAUCCCGUAAUACGCGAAAGCAGUGCGACGACUCGAGUAAGAGUCGUAUUCAAUGCGUCGAGCCCCAUCUCGAAUUCUCGGUCACUUAAUGACCACCUUCUCGCGGGGCAGAAAUUACAAACGGACUUGGCUGCGGUGCUUUUACGCUGGCGACAGUAUCGCUACAUUUAUUCUGCCGACGUCGCAAAAAUGUACCGGCAGAUUCGCGUCGAUCCCCGGGACACAGACUAUCAAAGGAUCCUCUGGAUCGACGAGAAAACCGGAAGAGUACAAGAGUAUCAGCUCUUGACCGUAACCUACGGUACAACUUCGGCGCCGUUCUUAGCUUUGCGAGUCCUGCAGCAGCUCAUCCAUGAUGACGGUCGCGAUUUUCCUCUAGCUGUUCCCGUGCUUAAGGAGAACAUUUACGUGGAUGACGUGCUUUUCGGUGCGGACGAGAUUUCACUCAUCCGUACGGUUCGCAAUCAAGUGUGCUCCUUGCUGCAACGCGGUCAUUUCGAAUUAAGAAAAUGGUCGAGCAACGCGGCUUAUUUGCUAAGUGACAUUGACGCGCAAGAUCAUGGACUCGCUUGCAGCAAGGAUCUACAUCCGGACGAGACAUUAAAGGUGCUCGGUAUUAGUUGGAGUCCGUCGGCUGACGCAUUUCAAUUUAGAGUCGUGCGCUAUCCCUCGCCCGCGCGAACGAAGCGCGCCAUGCUCUCGUACAUCGCUCGUAUCUUUAAUCCGUUGGGCUUAGGCACGCCCGUUACAAUCUCCGCGAAAAUUCUCUUGCAACAGUUAUAG